GAAGUUUUCGCGUAUGCCAAAGUCAGAGAGCGGAAGUCUCGGGGGUGGGUCUGGAUCUGGUACUGGAAGCAGCAACUACAUUGGAAAGGUGUUUGCUGUCGGUCGAUACCAAGUCACGGUGGAAGAGCUGAUCGCUGAAGAUCCCCUUCAAUUUGAUUAUCGAGCAAACAGGUCUGUGGAUGAUGCAGUCAACAUGGGAUUGCGUCAUAUCCUGCAACAUCUGGACAGACCAGGGACAUAUGCAAGGAUCCUUUUUGUGGAUAUCAGUUUGGCUUUCAACACCAUCAUCCCAGCUAUUCUCCGGACUAAACUACACCAACUCUCUGUUCCCAUGUCUAUCUGUCAGUGGAUUACCAGCUUUCUGACGUACAGGCAGCAGCUUGUGAGACAGGGGAAACUCACUUCCAGCACCUGCACAGCACUGGUGCCCCCCAGGGAUGUGUGCUCUCCCCACUACUCUUCUCCCUCUACACCAAUGACUGCAUCGCCAAGGACCCCUCUGUCAAGCUCCUGAAGUUUGCAGAUGACACCAGUGUCAUCAGCCUCAUCCGAGAUGAAGAUGAGUCUGCAUACAGAAGUGAGGUUGAACAGCUGGUGCAGUCAAAACAACCUUGAGCUGAACACGCUCAAAACAGUGGAGAUGAUUGUGGACUUUAGGAGAAACAACCCAACACUGACCUCCCUCACUAUUCUAAACAGCACUGUGGCAGCAGUGGAGUCAUUCAAGUUCUUGGGCACUACCAUCUCACAGGACCUGAAGUGGGAGACACACAUUGAUUCCAUUGUGAAAAAGGCCCAGCAGAGGUUGUACUUCCUUUGCCAGUUGAGGAAGUUCAACCUACCACAGGUGCUGCUGAUACAGUUCUACUCAGCAGUCAUUGAGUCUGUCCUCUGCACUUCAAUAAGUGUCUGGUUUGGUUCAGCUACGAAAUCAGACAUCAGAAGACUACAAAGGACAGUUCGGACUGCUGAGAGGAUUAUUGGUUGCCCCCUGCCCCCCCUUCAAGAAUUAUACACUUCCAGAGUGAGGAAAAAGGCUGGAAAAAUCACUCUGGCCCCCACUCACCCUGCCCAUUACCUUUUUGAACUAUUGCCUUCUGGCCGAUGCUUCAGAGCUCUGAGAACCAGAACCGUCAGGCACAGGAACAGUUUUUUCCCUCAGGCUAUCCAUCUCAUGAACAGUUAAAUUGCCCCAUUGAGCAAUAAUUAUGUGCAAUACACAGUUUAGUCUUUUUUAUAUUCAUCCAACACAUCCAGCCUCUUCUGCCAUUUCAUUCCUCUGAAAAAAAUAAAUAAAAUAUUUGCACUGUAAAUAACAUAUUUGUAUUUGCACUGUACAUAACAGAUAACACAUUUUUAUUAGAUUGCACUACGUAUGUGUAUAUGUAUGUGUGUGUAUGUACAUAUGUGUAUAACUAUUUUUUAUUUUUCAUUAUUAUCUAUGUCUUGCUGCUAUUUUUGUAUUGUUUUUGUAUUGUUGUACACUGGAAGCUCCUGUCACCAAGACAAAUUCCUUGUAUGUGUAAGCAUACUUGGCAAUAAAGCUGAUUCUGAUUCUGACAGCAAUUAAUUGGCCUUGGCAAGCGAGCCGAGCCGAUACUAAAUGUGACGUCAAAACCCUGCAGAUCACUGAUUGGUCAGAGAGAAUCGUCACUACCAGCAUCACUGGAUUUGCGACACGGGACAUCAACCCGCUAGUUUUAAAUUGAGCAACUUUGACAGCAAUAUCAUUUGUUCACGUGACUUUCGAAUUGUAAAAAUAAAUGGCUGUGCGCAAAACCACGCCGUGGUCAAUAAACGAGGUGCAGAUGUUCCUCUCGUUAGCGACGAACGAAACGAAAAAGUCUUUCAGGAAGUGUCUCAGCUGUUGGCCGCACACGGCUACCACCGGACCUACCAACAGCCAGAGUGGUUCAAACAGAAGAAAGUGGAAGUGGUUCGACCAAAUGGAUGCUAUCGAUGGCAAUAGACCGGCGAGCAAUGGGAGGGAGAGUGCCCUGGACUCGGUGUUGUUGGAGUCCACGAUGGAGGAUGGAGGUUUCUCCAUGGUGUUUCUGGCCCGCACACACAGUGGAGUAAGAUGUGCCCUGAAAAGGAUGUAUGUGAACAAUAUACAUGAUCUGAACAUCUUCAAGCGGGAGAUCACUAUCAUGAAAGAGUUGUCAGGCCACAAGAACAUAGUCCGGUAUCUUGACUCAACUACCAAUGCAGUGGGAGACAGUGUAUGGGAGGUUCUGAUUCUUAUGGAGUAUUGCAAGGCUGGUCAGGUGGUGAAACAGAUGAACCAGCGGCUGCACGUAGGAUUCACUGAGGCAGAGGUGCUUGGCAUGUUCUGUGACACCUGUGAAGCGGUGGCCAGGCUCCACCAGUGCAAAACUCCAAUAAUCCACAGAGACCUGAAGUGUCUUUCGAUUGUUGGAAUCCAGUUGGAUCUAUCAACAAGGUUACUGAGACUGGUUCGAAUAUGUGUAUGUUGGCAGGUAGAAAACAUCCUCCUAAAUGACCAGGGAAACUACGUCUUGUGUGACUUUGGAAGUGCCACACAUAAAGUGCUGCUUCCACAUAAAGAUGGAAUAACCGCCGUGGAGGAUGAGAUCAAGAAAUACACGACUCUUUCAUAUCGUGCCCCAGAGAUGAUUAACCUGUACCAAGGGAAAGCCAUCACCACAAAGGCUGAUAUCUGGGCACUUGGAUGCUUGUUGUACAAGCUGUGUUUCUUCACACUUCCAUUUGGGGAGAGUCAAGUCGCCAUAUGCGAUGGAACCUUCGCUGUUCCGGACAGUUCAAAAUUCUCCUAUAAGUUGCACUGUUUAAUCAGAUACAUGUUGGAGCCUGAUCAAGAAAAGAGACCUGACAUCUAUCAAGUCUCUUACUUUGCCUUUCGGUUAGCUGGAAAGGAGUGUCCAGUGCCAAAUCUCUUUAACUCUCCCCUUCCCACCUCCUUGCCAGAGCCCUUUACUGCUAGUGAUAUUGCUGCUAAGAAGAGCCUGACGAAAGCCAGAAUAACAGAUUCAGUUGGACCAACAGAAACGUCAAUUGCACCCAGGCAAAGACCAAAAGCUGCAAAUAGUAACGUUUUGCCUUUGGCCAGCUCUGUAACUCCUGUGAAAAUGACUGUACCCUCAGGUACAGACAGUAAUGGCCAGAAAGAUCCUGGAAAUGGGCAGCAGUCAACUGCGCAGAUGCCGAGCAGCAGUCAACAGAACAGAGUAUUACAGCAGCUGCAGCCUGGAGACCUCAGACUACAACAGUUACAGCAUCAUCAACAACAACAGCAGCAGUACAAUAUGCACCACCAUCAACAAGAAGUCACUGCUCAACAGCUACAGUACAUGCAACAGUAUCAUCAGGCCAUGCAGCAGAGUCUUCAGAUGCAGCAGCAGCAUAUGCUUCAGCAGCAGAUGAUGAUGCAGCAGCAGCCCAUAUAUCAAGCCCAGCAGCAACAGCAGGCUCACUAUACUGCCCUGAUGCAUCAGUACCAGCAGGCCUUUGCCCAGCAGCAGCAGCUGCAGUGUGCUCCAGUUCAACAGGUACCCUAUAUCUCCCCCCUGGAGUUCCAGGCCCCACUGGGCUCCUAUAAAUCUGCCGGACCUUCCCCAGUAGAUACGUCCUUCGUUAAUAUCAGUAGAAACCCAGUGUCCACUAUUGAUGUCAUGAGCCCUCCUCCCCAGACUGUCAGUAACCCUCUUGAUAUUUCUGGCUGGAACCCAUUUAGAGAGGACAGUUUCUCCAAACUCACAGAGGAGGAACUGCUUGAUCGAGAGUUUGACCUUCUCAGAGCAAAAAAGCCAGUAGAGAAAUCUGUCAGCAUGGAGACCAGCAGCACAGAGAGACAGCAGCCAGUACUGCAACCCUCACUCCCUGAGGAUCCUUUUGGCUCUGUGCCCUUCCUGGCCAACGCAGCAGGAGCUGGUGUGCAUGCAGCGGAUCAUCCUAUUGAGAAUUCCAAUGUUGCUGUGGCUGGAAUAACAGCCAUGCAAGAUGCAACUUUGCCAUCUGUCAAGCAACACAAACCUGCAAAAAAAAGUAGCUCCAGUAGUUUAGUGCCUCAGAAAGCAGGGGAGGAAUCAGAAAGUGAUUUUGAGUCCGACCCACCCUCUCCUAAAAGCAGCGAAGACGAGGAGGUGGAAGAGGAAGAAGUUCUUAACAGUGAACAUGAAGACACCGAGCCUGAAAACCUGGGUCAGAGGCCAUUACUCAUGGACUCUGAUGAAGAGGAAGAGGAGGACAAACCUAGCUCAGACUCAGACUGUGAUCUUAGAAAAGCAAAACUUCAGUCAGAGAGGUCGUUGGAUGACAAGGCUGCAGUUUAUCCUACAACAAUUGUGAAAUCCGAAUCUAGAGCCAGUGUGAUCACUCCUCCCAAUUCGCCAAGCAUCACAGCACCUGCUGCAAGCAUUGUGGAUGUUUUUGGUGCUAUUCCUUUUGUUGGCAGUGGUCAGCCCAGAGUGUCACCAGAGAACAUAGAUAUUUUUGCCAAAGCCCCUUUUAGGCAGGCAAGCCAGGAGAAUGCUGUGGAAGAGACUGAUGUAUUUACCAAAGCUCCUUUCAACAGAAACCUCUCCAAGUCCAGCAGGAGUGGCGAUGGUCCCAGUGGCCAGACGCCACCAGUUUCCCCUGACAGCGUGGAUGUAUUUGGCUUCUCGCCUUUCCAGCCCAGCCAUGAAAUACCUACCUCCAGGAACCAGGACGAUAUUUUUGGCCAAGCACCUUUUGAUGAAGCAGCAAGCCCCCAGCAACAGAGUCAGAAACAACGCUGCCUUCAAAAGCUCUCUUCACGGCAAAGGCGCACCAAGCAAGAGACCAGUGGCAACAAUGGGAAGCGGCACCACAGCACACCCACUGGUGGCAAGAAGAGCAACAAGCCCAGUUUCCGUACCCCUGAACGGGUGCGAAGGCAGAAGAAGGCUGGAAGAAGGGACUCGCAGAGCAGCAACGAAUUCCUCAGUACAUCUGACUCCAAAGAGAACAUCAGUAUUUCCCUGGGUGAGGUAAUGGAAAAAGGGGCCGCGCUGCCCCCCGAGGAAGCUUUGUUGGAUCCAUUUGGUGACAAGCCAUUUCAUCCACAAGAUGGCAGUCGGCACCAGAGCUUAGGAGACAACAAAAGUGAAAUCAACUCAGCCAAUGGCAGGCCAAGGACCAGCUCCCUACAUGGUGUAUUUGAUGGAAAUAAAAUAGAUGACUUUGGAGCUGUACCCUUUACAGAACUGGUGGUCCAAAGUGGAGCUCAGCAAACCCCACAAUUGGAUCUUGACCCUUUCGGAGCUGCACCUUUUCCCUCAAAGCAGUGAAUGUCUUGUCUUCCGGCACACUUGCAGAGUUAGUACACACAUGCAGCUACACUAUGCAAAGUCCAAGCAGCCUUCUGAAAUUUCCUGUAUGGGUGGCAGCUUCUCUGUAUAUCUGCAGCCCAUUGGGACAUUUGCCUUUUAAUUAGAUAACAUACUUUUGUAGAUUUUGAUGUAUUUUACAACUGGACAGCUAGAACUCCUUUUUUCAUUUUGGUAAAUUAAAACUGUGGUGUAUGGAUGUUUUUGAAUAGGCUUUUGAAGCAUAUUCUUUAGACUUUACUUGCUAGUAAGCCUUCUAUGCUGCAUCUCAAUAUGCACUCAGUCAAUAAAAUUGAUAUGCGUGUAUAAACCUUCAUUUGAAUAGAAUGAAGAGGAAAACAAUACCAAUUUUAUAACUUUGUACUCAUUGGCCACUUAGCCAAAGUCUUUUUGUAGGUAAUUCCUGCAUGAUCCACCAACAUUAAACACCAUGAAGCCUUAUAUAGGUAUGCCCCACCCUGUUUACAGUACCUCCAAUUCACAGUGGCUGUUGUAGCUCAUGUGUUGAUGGAAUCAUCUAAGUGUAGGCCUUCUCCACUUUAAUGUCUUUCACACAGACCAUUUUUAUAAAUUUUUAUUAUUAUUUUAUUUUUACAUUAAGUGCAUUCAGUGUUUUAAAUCCUUAUGUUCUUUCUACAUACACACAUGAAAAGGGAAUUUCUUUAGAAAAUUAUGGCCACACCAAAGAUGAGUUAUUUGCAGUUCAUCUUACAACUCAUUAUGAUGAAAACAAUAGUUACAAUUAACACUGUAUUAAUUAUGCUCUCAAAAAUAAUUAUUCCCCAAGUUGACCCAAAACCUUUUUGAUGAUGUCAACAUCAAUAAUGCAGAUAUGUUCAGCUGUACAUACCAGUAACCUACAAUCGUGAGAAUGUAGAUGUCUCGUAGAAAGGGAAAAUGAAAGAAUGUGCUUAAUGCAAUUUUAUAUAUUUAUAUAUCAACUGUUUGUUUGAAGCCAGUUUUAAAAUUCAAAACAACAAUAAGGGCACCAUGCAUGUGGGGUAUAUAUUGAACUGGAAAUCAGAUGAAAAGAUCCAUUUGGAAAAUACAUUUGGGGUAUUGCUCAAUAUUUAAGUGCAGUUGACCAAAAAAAAAAAAAAAGCAUUGCUUUACACAAUUUAUUUUCCUUUUGUUUUCAAAAACUGCAAGACUUGUUCUUUUUACAUUUCUUCUUUAAUGUGUAGUACUACACUCUCUAACAAUGCAAUAAAAGGUUUUUUGGGUA